AUGCAUGACCAGCAGAACCUGCCAGACCAGGCUAUGGACACAGGCGAAGGCCCUGCCUUAAAGAAACCCUGUCUGAUCAAUACGCCGCCUGUUCCAGGGACUCCAGACACUGGCAGCGAUUUCUACAACACUCCCUUGGCCGCAGGUACGCCAGCCACGAGUACUAUCGGCGCGACUGCUGAGGAGAGCACAGACGAGCCAUCUGCUUCCUCGAAUCCCUCUUCCGUGAUCCCCGGAUUGAAUCUUAUCCACCACACCUCCGAACACGAAGCUGGCUCAGACUCGGCCGAGCAGAAGGUCAAGGAAGAGCAAGUUGAACCGACGCAGCAACAGACAACUGAGCCGGAGGCCAAGCAAGAACAGCACCAAACCAUCUCACAACCAGGGCUUACCGAAACAGUGACGAAGGAGGAGCCAGAGGCGAUCAACACCGAACAACAACCCACUGCCCCCCACGACGAAGCUAUGGACGUUGAGCAAGGCGCACACAAUGACAACAUGAUCGAACGAAAUGUCGACAUCAUUGAAGCCACUGGCCAGGAUGGUGAUGCCGAAGGGGAUGAACAUCCUGAAUGGGAGGAAGAUUCUUCACCAUACGAGUCAUCUUCAGACAGCUCUGAUUCCUCGGACUCCGAUGAUAGUGACGACGAAGACUACCCGAUUCUCUCUGCUGAGGAGCAAGCCCGUAUCCUCAUGCUGGCCGAAGGUGGUUCCGAUGACGAGGGAAAUGGCAAAGGAAAAUCCGGAGGUCCUCUGCGGACCACCAACGAAAUUGAGCAAGAAAUUCUGCCUAUCCCCGAGGUCAAGAUCACACCCGGAAUGAAGAUUGUCUUCCUGGGCAAAGUCCAUGCCGCCAUCGACAAUAAUGUUCUCAUCGAGGCAAAUACUUCUGGAGAGUAUCAGGUACUUGAAUCAGGCUCUUUGCUCUGCUCCGAUGAUCGCCAGGUCAUUGGCGUGGUAGCAGAGACCUUAGGAAGAGUCGAGAACCCUCUAUACACCAUCGCAUACGCCACAGCCGCCGAAGUCCAGGAGAAGGGUCUUGUCAAAGGCAAAGAUAUCUUCUACGUCGAGGAACACUCCACCUUUGUCUUUACCCAGCCGCUCAAGGGCUUGAAGGGAAGUGAUGCCUCUAACUUCCACGACGAGGAAGUCGCCGAUGAGGAGAUGGAAUUCUCCGACGAUGAAGCGGAGGCCGAAUACAAGCGCAAGCUGAAGCAAAAGCGACAGGAGCGAAAGGAAGCCAGAGAAGGCCCAAGAGGCAAGAGACCAGCCCCAGGCCCUUCAAAACUGAACCAGUCCGAGCUCAACUACGACGAUGCCGGAGGCGAGGAGGGAUACACUCCUCUGGCUCGCCCCACAAACCUCCACGAGAUGAUGAGUAGCCGCGAAGCACCAGUCGAGGGCACCGAGCGCGGCGGUGGCCGCGGCGGAAGAGGUCGUGGUCGGGGUGACCGUGGACGCGGAGCACGAGGCCGCGGCGGACGAGGCGGAAGAGAGUGGGAGCAGGAGCGUCGGCCCCAACAGGGCAGCGGCUCAGGCUACGAGUCGAAGCCGCAGCAGCAACCUCAAGCCCCGCCCGCACCAUACGCCCAACCCAUGUAUCAGCAGCCCCAGCAGGCCGCAUACGGGAUGCCCCAGCCCUUCGCUGGAUAUGCGCCAUACGCACAGCAACAAGCUCCGAACCCGCAACAGGCGCAACAUCAACCGCAAUUCGGCCAGGGCGGAGCGAUGGGACAAAUGCCCUUCCAGUUCCCCAAUUUCCAGGCCUUGCAGCAAAUGCAGAUGUUCCAGAACGCCUCUGCCAACCAAUUCUCGCCCCAGCAUCUGGCUCUUAUGCAGCAGCAACAGCAAUUCUUGCAGAAUUACCCGCAGUUCCAGCAGCAAUACGCUCAGCCUCAGCAGCAUUAUCAGCAGUCUCAGCAACCGCCCCAGCAGCCUGCGCAAAACCAGGGCAUGAACUUUGACCAAGUCAAAGCUCAGCUGGAUCUGCUGCGUAACCUCAGCGGUGGGAACCAGGGUCCUCCUCCUUCUUGA